GGAAACCGCUUGCCGCCACAGAACAUUUGCCGCUAUUAUUUUUAUAAUCUCUGAAGUUCGUGUUGUGCUGUGUUUUUCUUCUCGAAUUAAUUUCAAUUUACUGAAAAAGUCAGUAUCAGCAAAAAAUGCUUCCCAGGCUCAAACAUAUAGAAAUUGAAAAUUUCAAAUCCUACAAAGGACUGCACGUUAUAGGGCCCCUUCAGCCCUUUACCGGGGUCAUUGGGCCGAAUGGAUCAGGUAAAUCCAAUUUUAUGGAUGCCAUCAGUUUUGUUAUGGGAGAAAAAAUGCAAAGCUUAAGAGUAAAACGAUUGAGCGACUUGAUUCACGGUUCAGUGAUCGGCAGACCUGCUUCCAAAAGCGCAUCAGUAACUGCCGUGUUCACUUUAGGCGACGAUUCAGAAAAAGAAGUGGUAUUUCAGAGAUCUGUCCAGGCCUCUUCCUCCGUGUUUAAAAUUAAUGAUUCGGUCGUUUCUGCCCCCGAGUAUUCGACUGAGUUGGAAAAACUCAAAAUCAAUGUGAAAAGUAAAAAUUUCUUGGUUUUUCAAGGAGCCGUUGACUCAAUUGCAAUGAAAAAUCCUAAGGAGAUGACGGCACUUAUAGAAGAGAUAAGCGGAUCAGUAACAUUAAAAGAGGAAUAUGACAAACUAAGGAAAAAAAUGCAAGAAGCUCAAGAAGCGUUUAAUUUGGCAAUGCAAAAGAAAAAACGUUUAAAUGCUGAACGCAGACAAGCUGUAGUAGAAAAAGAGGAGGCCGAUAAGUAUUCUAAAAUUAAAGACGAUUUAAAUAAAAAAUUGGUUGAACAUCAAUCAUUUAAAGCAUAUCACAUUGAGCGACUUAUGAAAAUCCGAAAGCAAGAGCUUAAAUCUAAGCAAACAGAAUUAGACAAAGUAAAACAAAAAAAGGAAAAGUUUGAAGGUAUUUUGAAGGAUAGAAAAAAGGACUUUGGUAUACUAAACAGAGAUAUGGCAAAAAUUGAGCAGGAUAUUCGUGAGGCCCAAGUAGAAGUUUAUAAAAAGAAGCCCAUGUUUAUGAAAGCAAAGGAAGAAGUAGCUUAUUUUCAAAAAAAAGUUGACGGAGCUUACAAGACUUUGGAUGAAGCAAAAAAGGCUGAAGAUGCCAAAAAUAAAGACAUACGGAAACUCAAAGAAGAAUUAGUUGAAGCUCAAAAAGAGUAUGACAACCAGCUAGCCGCUGAAUCUCAAAGUCAGGGCAUAGAUAUCCAUUUAGAAGAAGCCCAAAUCCGGCAAUAUCAUAAACUGAAAGAAGAAGCAACUAGGCGUACAGCCAUGUAUAUGCAAGAGCUAGGGUCUAUCAGUAGAGACCAAAAAGCCGAUCAGGAUACACUAGACAAUAUAUCUAGAUUGAGAAGAGAAGGUGAGAAUAAGCAUUCGCAAAAAACUCACGAAAAAGAAGAAAUGGUCAAGAGGAUGAAUAAAUUAGCGGAACAUAUUCACACCAGCGAGCAAGCUUUGCAUGAUCAAAAUAAAUUACUAAAAGACCUUCAGCAAGAUGUAGGAUCGUCUAAAAAUAAAGUUGAUGAGGUUCAGAAGCAGCUAGAUGAAGUCUUAGAGCAAUUAGGUAACGCUAAAACUGACGAACACGACGAUAGAAGAAAAAAAAAGAAGCAAGAAAUCGUCAAUCAUUUCAAGGCAUAUUAUCCUGGGGUUUAUGGGCGCAUGAUCGACAUGUGUCAACCCACUUACUCACGUUACAAUGUGGCCAUUACCAAAGUCUUGGGCAAACAUAUGGAGGCUAUUGUAGUGGAUACUGAACGUACCGCACGUCGGUGCAUACAAUAUUUAAAAGAUCAAAUGUUGGACCCAGAAACAUUCCUUCCAUUGGACUAUUUGCUGAUAAAACCAUCAAUUCGAGAUCGUGUGCGUAAUAUUACUGAACCCAAGGGAGUGAAACUUCUGUAUGACGUUUUACAAUAUGAACCGCACGACAUAAAAAAUGCAGUUUUGUUCGCUACCAAUAAUGUCGUAGUAUGCGAAUUUCCAGAAGAUGCCAAUAAAGUAGCAUAUGAACUGGGAAGUCGAUUUAAUGCAGUCGCUCUUGAUGGAACUUUUUAUCAAAAAUCGGGAAUUAUUUCUGGAGGAACUGUGGAUUUGGCUCGUAAAGCUAAAAGAUGGGAUGAAAAACACUUAGCCAGCCUUCAAGAACAAAAAGAAAAGCUCGCCAAUGAACUGAGAGAUGCCAUGAGAAAAACACGAAAAGAAUCUGAAAUUAUUACUGUGCAGUCUCACGUGAAUGGUUUGGAAAGAAGGUUGAGUUAUGCCAAAGGUGAUAUGAAUACAACUCAAACACAAAUUGAAAAACUUGAAAAUGAAAUUGAGAAUCUAGCUAGAGAGAUUCGAAAAUAUGAUCUUAAAAUUGAAGCUACCGAACAAGAUAUGCAAAAACGAGAGAUGCACAUCGAAAAUAUCAAAGCAAAAAUGAACAACGUGGAAGAUCAGGUUUUCUCAAAUUUUUGCAAGGAAAUUGCAGUGGAGAACAUCAGACAAUAUGAAGGCCGCGAGUUACGCCACCAUCAAGCAAGAAAACAAAAAUGUAUCGAAUGCCAAAUGCAAAUCGAUCGCAUUCGCAGCAAUAUCGAAUUUGAAACUAAUCGCGACACUCACACCAACGUAAGUCGCUGGGAGAGGAUAGUAGCUGAGCAAGAAGGCAACUUGAAAACAGCAAAAGUCAAAGAGGCGAGGCAAAGGGAAGAAAUUGACAAAGCUAUGAAGAUUUUGGAAGAGCACGAGUCACUAAAAACUUUGAAGAAGAAAGAGGUGGAAAAAAUGGAAAAGGAAUUAGAUCAAGCCAGACGAGAUGCUAACGCUACAAAUAAGGAAAUGCAAUCCCUUCAAAAAAAUGUUAUGUCUAUUGAAUCCAAAAUUGAUAAACUUAAGAGUGAUAGACAUGCUGUACUUUUACAUUGCAAGAUGGAAGACAUUGCGAUUCCCUUGUCAGCAGGUAAUAUGGAUGAUAUAGCAGCUACUGACACGCAAACUUCUUCGGGUGCCAGCAGCACAUUAGAACAAUAUGAACGAGAUGCUACAAUCCAAAUCAACUUCAGUCAGCUGUCAGAUGAGCUAAUGCAUUUAGAAGACGACAAUGAAUAUAAGGAAUGCGAAAAAAAGCUUCUUAAAGCAAUUUCGAGCUUACAAGAAAUUCUUCGAGUAAUUCAGGCGCCCAACAUGAAAGCUAUGGAAAAGUUGAAACAAGCGCGAGGCAAACUGCGGUCGACCAAUGAAGAAUUUAACGAGCUAAAGAGGCGAAAUAAUGAAGCUCGAGCCGCCUUUGAUACAAUCAAGAAUCUCAGAACCGCUAAGUUUAAUGAAUGCUUGGAUCAUGUGGCUCGUGAAAUUGACGAUAUAUACAAAGCCUUGUCCCAGAAUCAAGCGGCUCAAGCGCAUUUGCGUGUCAAAAAUAUAGAAGAACCGUAUUUGGACGGUAUCGAUUAUGAUUGUGUUGCUCCAGGCAAAAGAUUCCAGCGAAUGGCCGAUUUGUCUGGUGGAGAAAAAACGGUAGCGGCUUUGGCUUUGGUGUUUGCUAUACACUCUUUCCAGCCGGCUCCAUUUUUCGUACUGGAUGAAGUAGACGCGGCGUUGGAUAAUACAAAUAUUGGAAAAGUCGCCAAGUUUAUCAGCCAGAAAACUGAAUCUUUGCAAAUUAUUGUUAUAUCCUUGAAAGAAGAAUUCUUUUCUCAUGCUAAUGGACUUAUCGGCAUUUAUCCUAAGCCUGGACACUGCCUCAUCAGUCAAGUAGUUACGAUGGAUCUGACUGCUUUUGAAGUUUAAAUUAAUAAUAAUUAUUAUCGUUCUAGUUUAUUGUUCAAUUUUGCAUAAAAUGUAUUUAAUUUAAAGUUAGCUGUUUUGUUACUUAUAGUUUUUAUUAAUUCAAUUAACAAUUUCUUGUAGUUUUAUUUUUCAUAAUUUUAAAUUAACUUAACGUAAUAUGUUGGUGUUAGUAUUCCUCUAUUCACUUUCAAAGUGAAGUUUGGUGAAGAAGAAGCAGUUUUCAGUUUAUGUAUCUCGCAUAUAAUAAUAAUUAUAUAUUUCAUAUUGUUACAAACUAACUUAAUAAAUAGUAUUGGUAUGCCUUUGAA